AUGUUUGUUUCAAAGUUUGUCUUUUUUUUGUUGAGUUUUGGUUUUGUUUUCUGCAAUCAGUCAUUGAAUGGCGUUUUGGAAAAGAAAUCUUUUAAUUCUUUGACUGAUUUGAAGACAGAAGUUCUUCAGUUAAACAACUCUUCCAAACAAUGGCCAAACAGACCGACCGAUACUCAUACGAAUCCUUGGGCUGAAGCAGUGGCCCAGCAGUUGGCGCGCGGACUUAACUUAGUCUUAAUGACUAUUAAUUAUAUGAUUUCAUUUCAUUUGAAAAGUGACUGCARUUUCAGUGGAAAUGUCGACUAUUUUCCGAUUAAUCAACAAAUUGUCGACAGAUUUAACAAACAAUUCAAAACUUUAGUCAAUAAAAUGUCUAAAUUUUUGUGUCAACAAAACAGWUCCGAAGAUUGGCACCGAAGUAUGGAUCGAUUAGACAACGAUGUCAUGGCUUUGAUGACCAAUAAAGACAAUACAUCGAUGACUACAUCCGAUCUUCGCAAUAGUAAUGGAUGUGUUUUUCUGGCAAAGACUAUGAACACUGCUCUUCAGGUGCUUCUUAAGUCGUUUAAUGGUUUGUCAAAGAUUCUGAAGUUAAGAAUCAGAUUAAAUGGUUUCAUAUCUUUGACUCCAAACCAAUCAAAAGUUUUCAGAUAUUCAUCGAUGUCUUCGUCAAAGAACUCAAGAACGGAAAAGUGUUUUUCAUCACUCUUUCGAUUCCAUCGGAACCUGCACGGAUGUCAGUGUCCCGUCUAUGAGGAAACAGUAUCCGACAGAUGUCUUCCGGGUCUCAACUGUUAUGACGAGAAUCUGAUUCGACGUUUCUGUCGCUCCGACUUCUGUAUUGAAGUCCGAAUUGAAUCGGAAAAGGCGGUUACGGGUGCCGUCUAUAAGAGCAUCACUUACUCCAACUACACCUACCGGGCCGUACGGAUGAUCCGUUUUAGUCCGAAAUCAAUGCGCGCCUUAAAAAUGCAUACAUUUUUCACUCCAACUGAGAGCUCGCGUUGUGGUGUAGAUCUGAAACGUCGGCAUUUGUAUUACUUGUGCGGACAAGUAAUUGAGUCCAACGCUGUGGUCACGUCGUGUGAUUUCGUCAAACCCGCAGAGAAUCUGACAUUUACUGAACGAUCAUUCUUCCUGAGCGGAUUCAGAAAGACUAACUGUCAAGAGUUUGUCAACCAUUAUGUCGUCGGCGACGGAAAACUACUCUUCACUGAUGCCAUUCAUAAGGAAAGACAUUUACAUUCAUUUUAUACCAACAAUAGUCUUAAUAUCAAUUUUUGUAUUGAACUUUUGAACGGAGUUCCCAAAGAUUUUAGCGGUUAUUAUCAGAAAAGACAAAUUAUGAAAAACAGUUUUGUCAAUCGUUACCAGAAUAAGGCCAUAAACAAGAAUAUCGGCUUAAAUGAUGUCAUCGGACGGGUAUUUAAGAAAAGAUGGACACAAAGACAUAAACGGAUGACUGAUUUGUUUAGACUUUGGUUUGAAAAGCCGUACGCUUUGUAUAUUCCGGACAAAAAACAAAUGUUAUUGUUGUUGUUGUGGUCAUUGGGUGUGUCGGCAGUUUGUGGAUCAGCCUUUCCUCUCAAUUAUAACAUUCAUUUGUUUUAUUAUCCGUGGUUUGGAUCCAAAGAUAUAUCAAGACAUUGGUAUCACUGGAAUCAAAGACAACACAAUUCACCACAAGAUAUCGCAUCUGACUUUUAUCCGGUUUUAGGACCGUACGACUCGUGCGAUUCGCAAGUUUUGGCACAACAUAUGCAAUGGAUAGCAUCGGCAUAUGUGGGCACUAUUGUGAUGAGUUGGUGCGGACAACAAGACAUUAGCAACAAAUGUAUACCAAAUAUCAUGAACGCCGCGCAUAAACACCAAAUCAAAGUGGCCUUUCAUGUCCAACCUUACGGCGGCCGAACCGCCGAAUCGGUAGUUCGCGACAUCGCUUAUAUAUCGGACACAUACGGCACACAUGCGGCCUAUUUCAGGGAUGAGUCUCGUGACAAUAGAGAUGCCUUUUACAUCUUUGACAGUCUUAUUAUCAAAGACUGGAAACCAAUUGAAUCUCUGAAGAAAAAUCACAUAAUUUUGGGCAACAAUUAUGAAGAAAUUCAAAUAAAUAAAACACAUUUAUUGAAACAGUUUUCUGGUUUUUAUCCCUACGGUAUCGGAGCUGAUCCAAGUGUUGUCCACAAAUGGAAGGCUUUUAAUGACUUUUGUAAAAUUGAAGGUUGUAUUUGGUGUCCAAGUGUUGGACCCGGUUUUAGUGAYAAAAGAGCCAAAAACCACAGUAAAGCUCUUCAAUGGCAUCGAAAUAACGGACAGUUAUAUGAUGACAGUUGGAAUCACUUGUUUGCUUCCGGUAUACCUCAUUGGGUGUCAAUAACUUCGUUCAAUCAAUGGAACGACGGAUCUAUGAUUGAACCGUCUUUAGAGAGACCACCCAUUCAUCGAGUCUAUCAAACAUAUUCGGGUGCUUUCAAUACCACUGGAAAAGCGUCGGAAACGGCAUAUUUAGAGCGUACGGCUCAUUGGGUCGUAGAGUUCACCAAAAGAAGUAAUGCCAAAACCAAACAACUGUCCAUUUAUUCAAAUGAGUUAUAAUAAUU